CGAUAACUUAAAGGUGACCAUGCCUACAUGUGCUCCCUAACAGCAUUGCCGUAGCAAUUUUUGUACGUCUCUUCUCUCAUUCGCUACUCGUCCGGAGAGCAAAACAAAAUAAGAAAUACAUAUAUCUUGGGGUGAAUAGGAAAUUGUCCCUGCACCGAUUCGCGCCAAUACUCCUGCCAAGGAAAUGAAAAACAAAACAAAGGACAAAUAUAACAUAACUGGACCUAACUAAUACAAUCCAUCAAAUACGCAGCGUCGAGCCUCCACCAUUUUGUUUUCCCCACUCCUCGUGCGUGCGUGUUUGCAGUGUUUGUGCGAAGAGCUCCCCAUGAUGCCAGUAAAACGUGCAAAAACGAACCUAAAACGGGCUUCUUGUAGUGUCAUCUAGUUAGCCAUGGAGCGUAUAUCGCCAGAAGAAGCGGCCUCCUUGAGCGAAGCGCGGAAGCAGAUAGUGGAAAUAGCCAGAAGUCGGCCGGGAACCCAAGUGGCAAAGUGCAUCCUCGCCUACGAUGAGCAACAGGACCUCGCCUCGCUAGUCGUCCUCCUCGAAGAGCUCUCCAAGAACACGGACUACUCCACGGACCUGCGGAUAUCACUAGGAUAUUAUAUUGAGGAGCUACUGCGGCACUGCUUAGGACACAAUUAUGUCUCCCGUAGAUCAGCCAUCGUGGCCGCGGGAAGUGCCCUCCAGUACUGCGGCAAGAUCUAUGGAGACCGUGUGGAGUACAUGUACCAGGUGGUGGAGCACCAGAUCGAAGCCCUGCUCACAUCGGAGUCGCAGAAGGAGACGCCCGGCGGAAGUAGUGCACCGAAGAACAAUGACCCCAGGCCGGAGGAACCGCGGAAACGUCGCGCAAAGAAGCUGACGCAGAAGGAAAUAGAUCCUUAUUUGCUCACAGUGGAACCGAAAAAGUUCAAGACCAUGUCGGAUGACAAACGCUUCAACAUGUCGGGCUUUGUAAAGUGCACGAGAAAUCGGACAAUAGAAUACCUUUAUCAGGAUCACACGCCGCCCAACCUGUGGAGACAAGCGCCAAUUGUGGAUCCCCACAAUCCCUACGACCAGGAUGAGAAAAAGCAGUACAAAAUGUUUACGUAUCACGUAGAGCAUAGGUACAAUACGCUUCUGCCAGAUAUUCCCUUCGAAAGGCUGAAUCUCAUUAAGGAGUAUGUGCACACAAACCAGCUGAACACCACGGAGAUUCUUAAUGAGCACAUGACCACGAAGGAUUAUCUGGACGAGUAUAUUGCGCUGGAGAAUCAAAUGCUAGCAGCCCGCUAUGGAGCCACUGUCAGAACGAGAAGAUUGGUUGAGCCGGCGAAGAGAUUGAUGGAGGACAACUUGGUAGCGGAGCUUGCGAAAAAGGUGUGCAUGGACGAGAAUCUGGCAAUUGAUACGGACGAAACUGCUCCCCUUGAAGCAAUGGACGUGGACCAAUCUGUGAUGACUGACAACACCCAGUCGUUAGCCACAGCCGAUGCCCUGCAAAAUCAAAUAUCAGUGGAUUCGGGACUAGGCGAAACGAUGAACAUGAGUCAGGAUAACAGCAACAUCAACACCACGAUGGACAGCAGCCAGGUGGAGAACUCUACUUUAAGUGUUAGCCAAGUGGAGUCGUCUUUGAGCGUCAGCCAGGCAGAAAACUCCUUAAGCGUUAGCCAAGUAGAGAAUCCGCCGCUGAGCAGCACAUUGGCCAUUAAUGAGUCUAGUGUCCUGGACAGCACGAGAGUGGAUCUGCCCUCCAUAAAAGAUCUCACUCUAGACGAAAUGUUGUUAAUCGAUUCAGGGAUUGGUAUGGAAGACGUUUCCGAUAUCCAAAUGCAUACAGGCCAGUCUUUUGACGAUGAGGGUGUUGUUCUUUCAGAUUUAGAAGAUCAACGCCAAAUGUCGCCCACAAUGAAGUUGAUUAGCAAUACGGAAGAGGCAAAAACAGUUCAGAUCAUUGAAAUGGAUGCCGAUGUGGCAGUGAAUGUUCCAAGGGAGGUGUGCUAUCCCAUUCUGCUGAAUGUUAUGGGUCUCCCCAUUAAAGGCCUGCGUCGCAAAUGUAUCUUCAAACUUCCAACUGAGUUCGACUUAUUCAAGCAAGCACGUCUUCCUGCAAAGCGAGAGGCGCAACCAAAAGCCACACCCACUCCCAGAGCUAUAUUACAGAUUCAACGAGAAGCUCCCCAAAAAGAAAGAGAACUCGGAUCCCCCUGCAGCUUAGAGUUUGAUGAGGAUUUUAAUUUCCUGGGCUUCCGCCAACGUCGACCCACAUUUGACUCGGGCUUUGAUAUUGACGAGUUGCGUGCCGGUUCAGGUUGUGUGUCCACCAUCGGAGAAGUUAAAAUUGAGAUUGAAGACGGAACUGAAGCACACACCGACAAGUUGAAUAAUGUGAGCGCAAGCGACGCGUUGGUGGAGGAAUUAAACACUUCUGCCGAACCCAAAACUGAGAACAAUACUGCAAAUUCCUCGCAACUUGAAGUAACUGAAACGUCCGGAACUCUAAGCGGAUUCGAAACUACAGUGGAUUUAGGAAUGGAGCCGAAUGCAGUAGACAGUUGUAUUUUAAACGUCACUGAACUUGACAAUUCAGACCUGGAGAUUGCAACCCUUCAGGAAAAUGCUACCUUAAAUGACGAAGCAGUUGCAAAGGAUUUGCCUGCUGAAACACCUAAUCCAGAUGCCGACUCAGCAGUCAACGACUGCGAUGAGUCAACACGUUGCGACUCGCCUUUCGAAAUUGACGAUUUGGAUAACCCCGACUCCAGCUCAAUGAUCCGAGACUGGCAUAGACGGUUGGCUCCUUCUUUGGAGGCAGCCCAUGAACGGCAAAAUUUCAACAUUAGGGACUUGGGCACUGAGGUGUUGGACAUAUGCAAGGCGGGCAACGGAACAGCCACGUUAGCCGACGUUAUGGCUGACAAGGAUCCUAGCAUAAUGUGUCGCUAUAUGCUGGCUUCCCUGGUGCUGACAAACCACGGAAACGUGUCCUUGGAUUUUGGAAAUCGCGAUAAAAGUAAGCCCAUCGACAUGUCUCAGUUUCGAAUGCAUUUAAAGAGUACGAAGCGAAUGGAAAUCCAUCCCGAGGACGACGUAGGCAACAUAAAUGCUGCCAAGGGCCAAUCGGCGCCGAGGAGUAAAGAGCCAAAUGUUUCACCUAACAAUAUGAAGACAUGGAAAAGCAACCCGGCGUCUGCAGCUACAAAACGAAAAUCUGCGGAAGUGGCUUUAUCCGAGGUGUUUGCUAAAACUGUGCGAUUGAUACAGCCCAUCCCAAAGAUGUGGCAGACUCCUUCUGAUGCCGACUCGGGGAUAUCUUCGAUGGGCUCUUCAUUGGCAUCAACACCCCGCCUUAAUGAGUAGUUGUGUUUUGUCUUAAAUGUGCUUCGUAGUUUGUAGAUCCCUUGCGUCCCAGUGGUAGAUUGUAGUUUGUGUGACUCCUUGGAAUUCAAUCUUUAUCUAUAUUAUUUUCAGGCCCAGAGAUCAAUGCAUUAUUCCCAGCAGUAUAACAAGAUCAUGAGGCUGCAGUAGACUUAAGCCCUUGCCAGAUUAUUUACCCACAAUUCUGUACAAAUGUAAGUUUUAGUUGCCCAUUGUUAACAGGCUUGCAAUAGAAUGAAUGAUUUAGCUUAAGCUUAUUGAUGUAUCAACCAACAUCUAGAGUAGUAAACCAGUAUUAUCUAAGCUCGAUUUCCUUAAGCAUGAAGCCGCUUUUUAGUUUUACUUUUACAUU